CCUCCUCCACUGAUCAGGCGUGUUUCUACACUGGAAAGAGUCGUUAGAAACGCUGUAAGGAAGGGAGUGGUAACGAGGGAGAAGGAGCUUUUUUUUCCCCUCACAGGAUUGUGCAACAGAAUCCAUCUCUAAAGCGCUUUUUUGUGUUAGAUCGUGUACAAAGCAGCAGGGAAGCUGCUCGCUGCGUAAUUCCAAGCUGGAAUAAGAGGCUUUCGGGGGCACGUGCGCUUAGUUUUUCACCUAAUUCUUUAUUUUUUGAUCUUGAUGCUACUUUGAGGUGGAUUCCUUUAAGAGUGACCCUCCAAAUAUAGGCAGCGUUAAUGCUGGAGGAGCGCAGGCUGGGAUUGGACGCUUCCAUCGCUGCUAAAGUUUAUAAUUCCACGCGUCCAUUUAGGUUUUAGUUGAACCUCAAACGUUUUGAUCCGGUUAGAAAACCGAAUCAGGGUUCGGCGUAGCUCCAGCUCCGCCUCAGAUUCGGUUGUGAUGCACGUCGACUGAGGCUGCUCUCCAACACAGAAGCCAUUUUUAAGUCUUGGAUUUCCUGAAGCUGCAGCGCCAACCUGCGCGCGCGCCUUUGUGGGAUUUUUUUCUUUUUUCCCCCCUCCUCUCACAUCGUGGUUGAGCUGAAGGUCUCGUCAUCAUGGUUCGGGUUUUGUCUGCUGCUUGGGUGCUGGUCCUCGUGGCGGUGUGGGUCGAGGCUGACGCUGGAGAGGAUCGGGCCAAAGCUGGGAGCGAGCCGGUGGUCAGCCUGCGCUCCCUGAUCACCGGGACCUGCCAGGAGAUCCAGCGGCACGCGGAGUCGGUGCUGGGAACCACCGUGAUCCAGUCAGCUGUUGAGAGGGCUGUGUUGUUUCUUGAAUCACUUCUUGGUCAGGAGAACACCCAUUCAAUGAGCAUGGUUGUACAGACUGCGAUCAGUUUCUUGGCCGAAGGUGCUGCCAGCGGCCUGAAUGUCAUUGCCGUUUACGUCAGAGAGAUCCUCAGGGUUACAGGAUUCGAUGCUACGCUGACGCUGCCCCGCUUCACUCCUGAGGGUGUGACUGCCGUUGCUCAGUGGGGUCUGGUCUGCCUCAUCGGUUACUGGCUGCUGACCAUCGUUCUCCGUCUGCUGAUCAGCGUGCUGAAGCACGUGUUCUGGACGGUGAAAACCGUCUUGGCCCUUUGGGCUUUCGGACUGAUUGUUUUGGACAAGAGCGCCUCCACAGACACCACGGCGUUUCGGUUGGGCGGCCUGGUGCUGACGUGUGUCCUGCUGAGUCUCUACACUUCAGACUUUAACAAGCAAUCUGCAGUGGAGAAGCGACUGAGCAACCUGGAGGGUCGACUGAAGGCCGUAGAGAAGAAGUGACGGGAAAGAUGCAGGCUGGAAAAGUGGAAACUAAGGAUUUCCGUAUUUGUGUGAAAUGUGGGGAAAAUAAAGUAAUCUUUCAGAUUUUUAAAUAAAAAAA